AUGUCUUCCAUCUCCAACAACAACAACAACUGCAACUACAACUCAAUGGAGGAAGAACUUGAGGCGGAAGCCGCGGUCCUGAAGGAGAUUCAGAAUAAGCUGUCGAGUAUGGGAAACGUGGCUCCACCCACUCCUGAAGAGCAGAAACUUAUUGACUCCCGGUCAAUCUUCGUAGGAAAUGUGGAUUAUGGAACAACGGUCGAGGGGGUCCAUGAGCAUUUCAAGGAUUGCGGGGAGAUUACAAGGAUCACUAUCCCAAAAGAUAAGACUACCCAGAGACAGAAGAAUUACGCCUUCGUCGAAUUCGCUUCUUCUGCUAGCUUGGAGACCGCCAUCGAGAAGAGUGGCUUGUUGUUCCGAGCCCGUCAAAUUGUGGUCACCAGCAAGAGGACCAAUAAACCAGGAAUGGGUGUUUCGAGCGGUGGAGGAUUCAGAGGAGGACGUGAAUUUCAAAAGACCGUCUUCGUUAAGUACAUCUACGUAAAUGGAUCGUCGCCAAAUAGAGGAUUCCGUGGAGCAGUUCGUGGAGGACGAGGGCGAUUCAGUCCGUAUUAA